ACGUACACGUGUAUAUAAAGGACAAUUUGGCGAGUAGAGUGGCCAUACGUUUGCUGUAACUAGUCGAGUAACCAACUCGGCUUGUUCCUGGAAACAUAUUCAGUUGAUACAAAAAUGGCAGCCAUUUGCAGCAACGGAAGAGUGGCUCUCCUCUUCGUCACGUUGCUGGUGGCGAUGCAAGUUGCAACCGGUUUGGACGUGGCGUCCGGUGCGUUCGAUUCGACCGUCGUAACGGCCAACAAGCAGCCGAUCACAAUCAGCAACAACGCCAAUUCUCAGAUUUUCCAAUUCGACGAUUUGCCACGAGAAGUCCAGCAGCAAGUGGUGGAAGCCCUCCAUCAACAGCAGGCGGGCAACAAGCUGGAACAGCAACAACCACGUCCCGAUCAGGUCGUCAAAGAUCAAUCGGUUGUCGUGUUCGAGGUGGAAAAAGGAUCGCCACAGAAUGCGGAUCGCAAAGAUCCGGCCAACGAAAAUGUCCAGCUGACUGAAGAGCAACAGGGCCAGCUGGCCCUGAUGCUUUUGCGCGAGCAAGAAGUCCUCCAGCAAAUCCAAGAGCAGCAGCAAGGCGGCCAGUCAUUGUUCCAGCAGGCCCAGCAAGAGCAGCUUGGCGAAGGCGGACAAUCGGCGGACGGUGGCCAACCUUCUGACGAUGAACUGGCCCAAGUGUUGGCUCGCAUGGCUGUCGAUGAUGGAAACGGAAAUCAGUUUGUCGACAUGGACGGCCUUUCGGACGAGUUGCGGACUCAAGUGACUGAAUACCUGAUCAGGCAGCAACUGGACAAAGUUGGCAACGAAGAAGACAAACAACAACAAGUCAAGCAAACGUCCAACGCGGACAAACAAAGCGGCAGCCAAGUGGGAGGAAUCAUCGGCAGUUUGAUUGGCGGAGCUGUCGGAGGCUAUCCCACGCAAGGAAACUACGGCUAUCCCCAGCAAGGGAAUUACCCUGGUGGUGGAUAUCCUCAACAAGUUGGACAUCCAGGUGGCUAUCCAGGUGGGGGUUAUCCUCAAUACGGAGGUUAUCCCGGUGGAGGUUAUCCGGGUGGAGGUUAUCCGGGUGGAGGUUAUCCAGGUGGAGGUUAUCCGGGUGGAGGUUAUCCAGGAGGCGGCUAUCCUGGAUCAUACCCAUCUGGUUAUCCCCAACAAGGCGUUUAUCCUGGAGGACCAUACCGUCCGUCUGGUUCUGGCCAUCGUCCCAACAGGCCGUUGGGAUCCGGUUACGGCAGACCUUUCUGGGGUCUGAAUGUCCCACAAUUCCAGGGACAGCAAAGGCCGUACGGAAUCCUAGUCACUCGUGAACAACUAGCCGCCAUGAUGGGCGCAUCUGCCCCGUCCAUGGAUGAUGGUCAAGUGGUCGUUGCCCAGCCGAGUUUCGUCGGACAGGCGAAGCCGCAGGAUCCGUUUGCUGUCAUUUAUCAACAGCUUUACCAGCAAUCUCAAGCCGACUGGUGUCCGACCAGCCGGCCGUUAUCGAGCCCUACCUGUCGCUGUCCAGCGGAAACAGCCAAUGCACUUGAAACAUCAAUCUCAGACUGUUGGCCACCAAUAUCCCUAUUGAAACUGAGUGUUGUUGAUUUUUAUUGUAUACGUUUUUGACGAUUCGUUAACGCAUCAUAUUCUCUCAUUUUUUUUUUUUGGUUUUGUUUUGUUUAUGGUUGGAAAGGAAGCGUGGCUUUGAAUUUCGGUAAUUGCCUUUGGUUGUUCAUUUUCUUAAAAUGGAAAUACAUUUGGAGCUUUUUCACACA